CACUGAGCGAGCUGCGUUCAGGAUCAAGAUCUCGCCAUUCACAAAGACUUUGGAGCAUUUUGCAACCAUAUUCACGAAUAGGACUUACUAAGAAGAGAAAGAAGAAGGAGAAGAAGUGAAAGAAGAAAAGGGAGUUAUUUUCAGCGUAGUUAUGAGUCAUUAAUUUAGUAUAUUAUACAAAUGUUUUAUUUCUGGGUGAUUUGAGUCGGCGCCUCGUAACCGUCUGUUUACAGAGAGAAGGCAGGUCUUAAUCACUAUUUAUAAAGGCCCUUUUCCGAGUAUGGCGUCCCGGGGGAAAUCAGAAACUGGAAAACUGAGGCAAAACAUGGAAGAGCAACUUGACAGAUUGAUGCAACAGCUUCAGGAUCUGGAGGAAUGCAGAGAAGAGCUGGAUGAGGAGGAGUAUGAGGAGACCAAGAAAGAGACCCUGGAGCAGCUGAGUGAAUUCAAUGACUCCCUGAAGAAGAUCAUGACGGGAGACAUGACACUUGUGGAUGAGCUCAGUGGAAUGCAGCUGGCAAUCCAGGCUGCCAUCAGCCAAGCAUUUAAAACCCCAGAGGUGAUCAGGCUCUUUGCUAAGAAGCAGCCAGGACAGCUGAGAACCAGACUAGCCGAGAUGGACCGCGAUGUCAUGGUGGGGAAGCUGUCACGAGAUGUGUACACCCAGCAGAAAAUGGAAAUCCUCACAGCCUUGAGAAAACUGGGAGAGACGCUCACUGCAGAGGAUGAGACUUUUCUGACUGAGAAUGCCACAGCAACUCUAAGCCAGUUUGAAAAAGUCACUGCAGACCUCGGGUCAGAAGACAAAAUCAUGGCUCUAGCCAGCUCUGGUGUGAAAACCAAGGCGUAGUAAUGCCACAGAAUGUCCGUCCAUUUUAAGUCUCCGUUGUUAAUAUCAAGACAGAAAAGUGCCAACUGAUCAUCGAUCUUGUAAAUAAUCAAUGCACUUCUAAAUGUUAUUGUACACGUUAAUACUUUUUAUCAGUAUUUUAUAACCCCAAGCCUUUGUAAAUGUAUUUUUAUUUGUCCAGAUAACUGUAAAUUGCCUGUAUUAUAGGUACUACAGUGUAAUUUGAUAUGUAUUUAGACACACCUUCAGAGGAAAGAGCAGGCCGUUUAUGGGAAAUAUUGUAUUGUGAUUUGUGUUGUGCUGCUUAUUGGGGUUCUGCGUCUGUCAGCCGUAAGGACUGAAAUCUGUAAUUCGUGUAUUUAUGAUGAUGAUGAUUGCCUUCAAGAUGCGAUUUCUUUUAACUGGACUGGGGUGCGGAUAAAAUAAUGGAAAUGUCACAUAGAAACAGCUUUUAACUGUGAACUGAUUAAAUGACAGUGCAAAGGCAGCUAUACUAGGGAGUCAAUGUUAAGUUGUUAUGUCAGCAGUGUGUUAGUUAUUUCUGAGUCAACACAUACCACUACUUUUAUAUGUGAGUUUCCACAGUAAGAUAAAGAAACUUACAGCGCUCUGAGGGGGCCAAAUAGUGGCCAAAUUGCAGAUGUGUUGGUUUCAAAAACACGGCAACGGUGGUUUUAUGUUGAAACUCGCUGACAGGGACAAACUAAAGGCUCAAAAAUGGUUUCAGAAGGGAAUCAGCACCUGUGAGAUUGUUUCAACAAUACUGCAUGAGCUUUCCAGAGCUGGUAUUUACUGCAGGGCUGCCGUUCAAAAACAUCACAUGAAUCCAAUCCAACAUUCAAAGAUGCAUAACAUGGUUUAAGGAGCACAAAAUCAUGCAAAAACAUAAAUAUCAGAUGAAUCUCUCAGCUAAUUUCCAACAUUUGGACUGGUUUACAUUCAGGGGACAACCACAGGAUGGGUCCAACUCUCAGUGUUUGUCGCCAGCUCAACAUUGUUGUGGAUCUGUGAUGGUUUCAGCAGCUUUCCUGUUGGCCCCGGCUUGUUGGAAGAUUGCAGCCAGGGAAAACAAUGUCAGUCUGUAGAACCAGGGGGACCCAGUGCUGCAAACAGUCUCUCAUGUUGUUUUUAUAUUUUAAGACCACAGGUGGUCAAACAAAUUCUAGGGAUGGAUAAUAAACACCAGGAGGAAGUCACACCUACCAAGGCCUCACUAAUCACCAGAUCCAAACCUUAUUUGGCUUUUAUAGGCAGCACUGGAGAGCAGAGUAGACUUUAACUUCCUUUAUCUCUCAGGGAACUGGAAGCUGUCCAUCAUCAUCACGUCACACAGAUCAGGACUAACAGCGGUCCGAGGAGGGCUGAAGCUGUCCUCAAUGAAAAGAGUGGGCCUACAUCUUAUUAGACACACAACAUUCAUAUAUUUUGGUCGGUGUUUACAUUAUUUUGUCCACCCCCUAGUAGCUUCAUGGAUUAUCAGACAUUUUAAAUUGGGUCAAUAGUGAACAACUAUAGAGUCCAACACUUUACAAGUCAAUUAUAUCUCAUCUUAGCCAUUGAAUCUGGUCCAUUCAUUCUGUACCUACUCAUUUUUGAUGGUUUACAAUGUUAACUUUAAAAUGUUUUCAAAUUGGUAUACAUGUUAUCUUGAAUGUCAGUAAAAACAAAGUGGAUUUGUACUACUGGUGAUAUUCAAUCUUUCAUAUUGGUCUUUACUGAGACAGAUCUCACCACCACCAGGGGGCACUAGUGCCUUAAAUACACAACACUGUUUCACAUUAUGUGAGUGUUGGGCUGUAAACAAGCCCAGUGAGCUGCCUGUGAUGCACUCCUGAACAGCCCGGCUCUCACAAGCUCCACUGAUGACAGAAAACAACACGGACAGAGAGAAGUUAUACCCCAUCUCAUCAUCCUUUAUUUUGUUUAUGAGCAAGCAUCAACUUCACUACAAUUCGCCUUUCAAUUGGUAGAAAAGUGAGAGCAGCCCCAACAAGCACAAAGGAAGUAUCCAUUGGUUCGGAAAACAUUGUCACCUUCCAUUUUUGAGCAAAUAUUUAAAACAAAA